ACUCCGUAUCCUUAUGGGGAUCCACAUUACAGCGGAGUACUGGGUCCAUAUGGGCUUCCACCUAUGGUACCUCCUCACUUAUAUGGCAUGUAUCCUGGUAGAAUGCCCUUGCCUCUUGAAAUGGAAGAGGAACCUGUUUAUGUAAAUGCAAAGCAGUAUCAUGGUAUCUUGAGAAGACGACAGUCACGUGCUAAAGCUGAACUUGAAAAGAAAGCGAUAAAAGCUAGAAAGCCAUAUCUUCACGAGUCUCGACACCUGCAUGCUAUGAGAAGGGCAAGGGGCUGUGGAGGACGUUUUCUGAACACGAAGAAAUCAGAGAACAAUGUUACUAGCCCCACAUCAGAAAAAGUCUCAAACUCUGAUACAAACCAAUCAACACAAUCCACCAGCGAUGCAAAUGUGAAUUCGACCAGUCAUCAGAAGGAAGGAUUCGUGCCAACUCUCUCUAGUGGAAAUGGAAAUGGCAACGACCAUGGCCUGUCAUCAGCAUACGGUUUGCUGUUCAAUGAUAGCAAGGAGGGUGACUGCCUUGGUCAAGGCAGGGAAAGCAUGCAGUUUAAUGGCUCCGCUCAUGGGGCCAUCCCCAUUAAAUGAGAUCGCCCUCUCUAAAGAUGUGGUUUCCCCAAAGCACGAGUCUACCAGUGAAGCUUAUCAAGGCAGACGUCGGAUCGGAUUCAACUCUGGGGAUACCUUAUGCAAUGUCUGUAUCAGGCAAUUCAUUCUUGGCUUUGGUUACUACUUUUGUGUCUAUUUGGGGGUAAAAUGAAUGGGCUUGGGACUCUUGAAGAAGCCUUUCAGUCUCUCGGUACAUCAUUUUACCCCCUUUUGUAAAACUAGCAGAGAGAAGAUGUAGGAAAUGGUUGUGAUGAAUGAGAGGAUUUAUAAAACAUAUAAACCUCUUAUUAUUUCCCGAGCGUGUGUAAACUUUUUAUCUAUUUGGGACCAAAAGGUUUGCUUUUUUUUUUUUUUUUGGGUGUUAAAUUAAUCUCUCGUGUACAAUAAAAGAGUCAGACAGAGGAUAUAACCCUUCUGA